UUUGAAACAAAUUUUGCAGCUUUCCACAUUAUUUUCUUCGUCUCCUCACGCGCAUUUCCUUCAAACAAUCUCCCUCCCUCUCCCUCUCAGUCAAGCGUACGUUUUGUCAGAUUUCAGUUCUCGAAGUCCAGCAAUUGAGCUCAACCCCCACCUCCAUUAUGGUCCUUUCGUUUCCUUCUUAACCCAGCCUUCUUCCCCCUUUCCCUUUUUUUAAUGCCACUCAGUAACUGUUCCGUGCUCGCUGGGUUUUCGUCUUUCCAUGUCUAAUAUACCCCCCCAUUCUCUGAACCUGCAUUUAACACCUUAACCGAUUUGCGUAAUAUCUGGGGAGCCGCACAGGAUCAAAAGUUCAUCAAUGUGUAUUUAAGGCCCUCCCACUCUUGGAAUUUGAGUGUUCAUAUCGAGAUAGUUAGAGAGAGUAAAUAUUUUCCAACUGAGCAGAGCCGCAAGAGCAGCCCUAUCAGGUGGCUCUGCGCUGCUGAUACUUUAUUUAUCAGAAAAGGAAACGAGUUUAUGCGCUGUGAGUCCCAUAGGAUUUACGACAUAGCCAGCUAUAUAUAAAGUCCCCUGCUUUCCUCCACUUCUCUCUGCAUAUCCUGAGGUUGAAAUUCUCUCCACUCACCAACAUUGACCAGGAAUCCUUAUAAUCUCGACGCAAUGUCCCAACAGAAGCAAGCCGAGGAAGCCAUAAUGCCAACCAUGAAUCCGACGACUGAGCGUGAUGAGAGUGAGGGAGGAGCGAAAGGGGAUGGCUCUGCUUUUACCUUCAAAUCCUUUCUCUGGCAUGGCGGGUCUGUCUAUGAUGCCUGGUUCAGCUGCGCUUCGAAUCAGGUUGCCCAAGUUCUGUUGACGCUGCCGUAUUCUUUCUCUCAGCUGGGAAUGCUUUCGGGCAUCAUAUUCCAAAUAUUCUAUGGUUUCCUUGGAAGCUGGACUGCUUAUUUGAUCAGCGUUCUUUACGUCGAGUAUAGAAGCCGGAAAGAGAAAGAGAACGUCAGCUUCAAAAACCACGUCAUUCAGUGGUUCGAAGUGUUGGAUGGCUUACUGGGUCCAUAUUGGAAAGCUAUCGGACUGGCUUUCAACUGUACUUUCCUCCUCUUUGGCUCUGUUAUCCAGCUUAUUGCCUGUGCAAGUAAUAUAUACUACAUAAGCGACAAGUUCGACAAGAGGACAUGGACUUAUAUUUUUGGAGCUUGUUGUGCCACCACCGUUUUCAUACCGUCGUUCCAUAAUUACAGGAUAUGGUCCUUCCUGGGCCUUGGCAUGACCACUUACACCGCUUGGUACUUGACUAUCGCCGCCGCCGUACACGGCCAGGUUGACAAUGUGACGCACUCGGGCCCAACCAAACUGGUUCUGUAUUUCACAGGCGCCACCAAUAUACUGUACACUUUCGGCGGGCACGCCGUCACAGUGGAAAUCAUGCAUGCUAUGUGGAAGCCACAGAAGUUCAAAUACAUAUAUCUCUUUGCCACAAUUUAUGUGUUCACCCUAACCUUACCAUCCGCAGCUACCAUGUACUGGGCUUUCGGAGACGAACUCCUCCAUCAGGCCAAUGCCUUCGCGCUCCUCCCUCGCACUGGCUGGCGUGAUCUCGCCGUCAUUCUAAUGCUCAUUCACCAGUUCAUAACAUUUGGGUUUGCUUGUACGCCAUUGUAUUUUGUGUGGGAGAAAGUGAUAGGAAAGCAUGACACAAAGAGCAUAUGUGCAAGGGCUCUUGCUAGGCUGCCUGUGGUGAUACCAAUAUGGUUCUUGGCCAUCAUUUUCCCCUUCUUUGGCCCCAUAAACUCGGCCGUCGGCGCUCUUCUUGUCAGCUUCACUGUCUACAUCAUCCCUGCCAUGGCCCAUAUGCUCACUUACAGGUCCGCCUCUGCUCGUCAGAAUGCAGCAGAAAAACUUCCGGCGUUCAUACCGAACUGGCCGGCGAUGUACGUGGUGAAUGCUUUGGUGGUGGUGUGGGUUUUUGUGGUAGGGUUUGGAUUUGGAGGGUGGGCUAGCCUCACUAAUUUCAUUGACCAGGUUGGUACCUUCGGCCUCUUCGCCAAGUGCUAUCAGUGCCAUCCCAAGCCGCCUCCUCGUUUCAAUCACACAGCACCUCAUCGUCCCUGAACACAAGAGCUCUCUUUUUUUGUGCUCUAUAAGCCUUAGUUUUUUUUUAACUUUCUUCUUCUAUGUUCUUUCUUUUUGUUUAAUCUUCAUAUAGAUGUCUACAAUUGUGGCCAAUGGAUGCUUGAUGUUCCCUUAUAUAACAAGGCUAUAUAUGUUAUUAAUGAUUAUAGUUAGUAUCAUGUGCUUGGUUAGUGAUAAACAUGAUUGCUCGCAACGUGA